AUGGGCGCACCUGCUGGGGGCGCGGCUGAGGCCGGGCUCGCACCCAGGCUGGGGUCGGCCCCUGGAGCGGGGUCUGCGAUGCCCGGCACGCCCAGCUUCGGGCUGCGGGCCGCCCCCUCUGCGUUCACGGGGCUGCUACUUGCGACCACCUUGGACUUCCUUGGGUUCGGAGGUCCCCUCGGCGAGGCACUGGUGGCCGCCGUCGGCGGCGACGAGACCACCGCAGUCACAGACUUCGUGUCGAUGCCCGAGGGCGACCUUGUCCAGGCCCUCGAGACGCUCGUGGUGGAAGGCGCCCCCGUGACGGGCGUUGGCCGGGGGCGAGCCGUGCGCGCCAUCCGCGCGGUGUUCGACGUAGCGAAGCUGCCGAUGCCGAGUCUGGGCGCCGCGCUGCCGGUGGCCCCGCCUUCCCGGCCGGCCGCUCCUCCGACAGGGCCGUCGACGCCGGCCGUGGGGGACAAGAGGCGCGUGGCGGACUUCCUCGACCAGGGCGGCGAGGGGUCCUUCGGCAUCCGCAGCAAGGAGGCGAUCACGGAAACGCGCCAGCGGUACAUCCAGGUCACAGGUGGGCCGCCGCCUACGGCCGCACGGCCAACGGAGGAACAGCUGUCGGGCAUCUCGGCGAAGAUCGGCAAGUCCGCGCCGUACGUCGACUUCGCCGCGUUCGGGCCGCAUGGCCGCCGGGCGGCUAAAGCCCGCAAGUUCGCGGCCCAAACGUUCGUUGACGGCGAGCUGGUGACGCGGAUGCUGACGGGCCCCUCGAGCUUCGAGGCCUGGCGGGCGUGCUGGCUCGUCUUCAGGUCGCGCGUCAUCGCCCUGGGCGCGGCGCCCCCUUCGGCACUCGACGAGUGCGAGGAGGGCAUCCGCCAGCUGUCACUCCUCUGCCCCGACUACUGGGGCGUCAUCCUGAGGGCCGACGACGCGGUGCGGUCUGAGUUGUGGGACGCCCACAUGGAGGAGCACCUGGCGAUGGGGGGGCCCGCGGACCAGGCGUGGGCGCGCGUCAUCAGCAGGGCCGCGUUUGGAGGCGAAGACGCGAAGAUGGCCCACUGGUGGUGGAUGCACGUUACCGCCCCGUGCCUGCCGCGCGGCCACCCUGCGGGGCGCCAGUCGGCAGGCGCGCUGGUCGACCGGCCAGCUGGGCCCACGAAGCCCGCCGGGGGAGGCCGCGGCGGCCAGAGCUCCGCUCCAGACAAGGCCUCGGAGAUCUGCAACCUGUGGAACGACAAGGCGCCCCUCGCUGGUGCGCCGCGAUCGCCCUCGCCCGCGUCGGACUGGCCGGCGGCCGACCCCCCGGCAAUGGAGCUGCUCGCCCGGACAGCGGACGGUCGGGUGCGCCGCCACGUCCUGCGCGGUGCCACCGCUGCGUCAGACGCCGACGCCAGGCGCGCGGAGGAUUUCGCAUGCCGCGCGGGGUUGAGGAACCCGGGGGCCCUUUGGCGGGCGUGGCCAGCCCUGUGGUCUGCGAUGGCCCCCAUCGCGAAGAUCUUCGCGGACCAUCGUGACCAGAGCCCCGAGUUGCGCGGGCUCGCGGACGCGUGCGGCGCAGCGCCCGCGCGCCCCCAGCCGAGCGUGGACAGCCUGCAUCGCGUCCGCCAGGCGGUCGCAGAGCACCUGCACCUCAGCACGGAAACGGCAGUUAUCGCUACGUCUCAGGGGACAGGCGGAGGGCCAGCGCAGCUGACAGGAUGCGCAGUGUCUGACAGUGGGGCGCGCAGCAACGCCGCGAAGCGGCCUGUGAAGAAGUUCUGUUUCAACCACACGCUGCGCGAGGACGGGCCAAAGAUAUAUAAUCAUUCAACGGGAGGCCGAUUGAGAUCCAUAUAA